GCUCAGCCCUACUUGUGUGUGUCGUCUGCUACCUUCAUUCAUGAUUCAAGUCGGUCACUGUGAGUAACUGCAGUCUGCGAGUCAAGGCGGUAACAUCUGGAGUCUGGAUCUAGCCUAGGCCUAUAGAUCUAAAUCUAAUUUCAUCUCUUUUUCGUCGUUUGUUCAAAAAGCGUAGAUCUAGAAUCUAGAUCUAGAUCUAGAUCUCUAGAUUAGAUCUAAGUAGAUAAUCUACCUCGUCAACAGAUCAUCUCGCAGAAUGGCAACACUGCAAGCUCAGAGACCACAAGUGAAAAAUUGGGAAACUAUAUUUCCAAAUGAGCAAGUUACAGAGCAGAGGUCUGCACUUUUUGUAAAAAAACUUCUUGCUGUUGCAAUAUCCAAUAUCACUUACUUGAGAAAUAUAUUUCCUGAACAUGCGUUCGGUGACAAGUACCUAGAAGACUUGAAUCUGAAGAUACUGAGGAAUGAGAGCAUGUGCCCUGGUGCCUGUCAGGUCAUCAAGUGGGUCAAGGGCUGCUUUGAUGCACUUGACAAGAAAUAUCUAAAGUCUUUAGUCAUUGGGAUUUAUGUGGAUCCGAAUAAUCCAGAGACUGUAAUCGAGUCCUACACCUUCAAGUUUUCAUAUCAAAAUAGUGGAGCAGUGGACAUUUACAGAAAUGACAGGAAAAUCUCUUGUGCUUACUCUGCUGACGAGACAAAGAAGGCUACAAUCAGACUGCUGAGAACACUAAUCGUUCUUACAAAUACACUCACUUCAUUACCUGACAAGGUCAUGAUGACCAUGAAGUUGUUUUACUAUGAUGAAGUAACACCCGCUGAUUAUGAACCUCCUGGUUUCAAACCAUCAUCUGAUGAUGCCUUUGUUUUCCAAGAUGAUGCUACAAACAUAGCGAUUGGAUCUGUUUCAACCGCUUUCCAUACGGUGAAACUGAGGGUAAAAACAGAUGCCAAGCAAUUUGAUAUGCAUGAAGAGCCCAUAAGCAAUUCCCAAGAUGACUCAACAAACAUCUGUGUCACUGAUGCUGGAUUGGACAAGGAGGGAACUGACUCUGUUCAAGAGGUAACCUGUGAACAAGCUGCCAAAAUUUCAAAACCAGUCCACAUUGCAGAAAAGCACUCUAACAAAAAGUCCAUCCAGCAAGCAAGUCCUGAUGUACCAGAGGUAAACCAGGAAGAUUUCAAAGUGAGAUGUCCCUGUGGUUGUAAUGAGGAUGAUGGACUGAUGAUUUUGUGUGCUGAAUGCAAGUUUUGGCAGCAUGGAGUGUGCUUCCUCAUCAUUAGUGAAGAAAAUGCACCAGAGUCUCACAUAUGUGAUAUCUGUGCAAAGCCUGGCAACCCGUUGCUGGAGCCAACAGAUCCUCAAUUAUGUGAAAUGACAUCAAUAACGGUUCAGGGUACUUGUUUAUGGAGAAGAGCUUUGACUGUUUGCACUGAGUUCAAAAAGAUAGUGGCUCCUCAGCUGGCUCGUAGGUUGGGCAUUGAAAAUGCUGUAGCACAAGGCCUCAUCAAUCGACUGGAGAAGGAGGGUUACAUUGCCAAUUCUCACCAAAGAAAAAAACUUGGCAAGAUGGUUAAUCAAGAGGAAAUUAAGUCCAAAGGUAUUCCACAUUACUUUAGAACACCACAAGCAUUGUCCCAGAAACAGACAUCUGUCUCUGAAGACACAGAAAAUUGUAUGGUCACUGAUGAUUACAUAGAAGGAAGUCAGGAGGUACAUAAGACGCGGACUGUCGAUAAGGCUGUCAAUGCUUUAUCUGAAUGUGCAAAGAAAAUGAGCCUGGACAGCACAGAACAGAUUACCCACAGUCCUCCUGCUCAGGCCAAAGCAGCAACUCGGCCCAUGCAGAAUAAAAGACCAUUUACAAGGUCAAGAAAACGUGCUCGCUCCCAAACAAAUGAUAAUGAUUUUGAAAUAGCAUGCAGUGGGGAUUCUCCAACUGCUGGCUCAAAGUCAAAGAAGAAAGCAAGUAAAGUUAGCAGGGACGUUGUCGUCUAGAACUCUGGCUGACGUGAGGCUAUGUUCUCUUUUGUUUCCUUCAGGCAAGACACGAGAAUUUUGUCACAUUGGAAAACUGAUUUAUAUUUCUCUCAGAUAGAAUAAGUUUGUUUUAUUUAGAGCCUUGCAAAGUUUAAUGACAUGUGACAUUGGUAAACAUUUCAUUGCCCUAAACAGUAAUUCACUGAACAGGUUUCCCGUUAAAAACACGGGAUGGGCCGUCAGUUCUGUGAGACGUUUCCCAUGGAAAAUGCGGGAUCGUCAUUACCGCCGUAUAGUAUCUACAUAAAUGCCGCUAAAAGCACAGGAUCCAGCUUAAUCGUAUGUGUAGCCAUGCAUUUUGUUUCACAAAAAAAUAUCUUGAAAAUCAGUUAACAACUUUUUGAUCCGGAGCAUUUUUAGUUAGGUGACUGCUAAGACUACUUGUGUUGUAAAUUGUAGUGAGCGUUUUUUAAUUUUCUUAUUCAUAAUUUUUUUUUUUACAUUGAAUUUUAUACCUUUUUAAAAAAAUCAUGACAAAUAAUCUAGAAGAGACAGACAUUUGUACUUUGGUAUGUUUAUUGUUCCCGUUUUGUUCUUGAUUUUGUCAAAAGGGCAUUUGCUGUUGGUUAAGAUGUUAGUUCUUACAGUACUGGUACCACAGGGUCUUAUAGUGAAAACCCUUGAGUACCGCACCGAUUUAGAAGCCAAGAAAAUAAUUAGGGUACGUUACAAAAAAAAAUAAUUGAAACGAAAGUCACUGACAGAAUUACAUUAAAUUUUCAAGAUAUUUUCAGAAAUAAAUGUACUUUAUAGCAAAAUCUUUUUUGUGACAUAUAGACAUCAUGAUAAAACUCCCAUUCUGUUUGGAGAUGGUAGACACGCCCACCUUAAUUUGUAUCACCUGUAGGCCUAGACCUACCAACAUUACCUGUUCACGGUCCUGCAUAACCACUAGAUCUGACAUACGAAGAAACACGAUGAGCUGGAACUGGAACAUUUAUAAAUCUGUCUAUGUCACUGUCAGGCUCUACAUCAGACAAAUUGUCAAGAUAAGACCAACUGUCGUCACAACAAUCACUAAGCUCUUCGCCUGAAUCAGAGGCAUAGCGAUCUGGGAAUGUUGAAGCCAUGGUAAAACAAAAAAUGUAAAUAAAACCACCAUCACUGCUCAAGAAACGUACUAAAAAAAUUCACAGCGCUACAAUCAACGAUUCAGCUAUCACAUAGAGUGAUUUCCCUUGAUAUUUACUUCCGUGGAGAAGUUCCGUUCGUUGUUUCGAGUCGGUGACUAAAGUUGCCAGCGGUACUGAGCAGAAAUUACGGGCCGGCGACUAAAGUCGUUGAGGGUACUGUAAGUGUUAAAAUAAUAUGGUUUAGAUUUUAUAUAAUUUU